AUGCCCCGAGCGCCCUCGGCGUCGCCAAAUCAUACUUCAGCCACCCUCACCACUACCGCCACCGCCCCAACAUCUCCGAGUGCUUCGGCGAAACUCUCCCCCCGUGCCUCGCUUUCGGCCCCUCACUCUCCGACAGCACCGACUGGAUAUCGAUCGUUCGCCGCCGCCCCUCGUGUGUCUGAUACCCGCGGAUCCUCGAACCAGCAGGACGAGGAAGAGGACGAGCUGGACGACGACGACGCCCCCGCCGCUCCGCCUCCGGAACCUGCUCCUCGUGCACCCCCCAGUGGCAGUGGCAAUAUGAGCGGCUCCGCUUGGCGACCAAAGUUUGCCCGUGGGUGGGGCGGUGUCGGCGGGUACGGCGCUUCCAACGAGCGCGGUGGAUCUGACGGGACUCCGGACAACGGUGCCUCGCCUCAACACAGCGCCCGGCAAUCGGAGCCCGUAUCGCGCGACAUGUCGCCGGCCGUGAAGGACGAUGGUGACGAUGAAGAUCGCCGGCGCCGACCUGCCCGCCGUUCCGGAGUCCAGGGUCCCCCCGGCAAGCGGCCGGAAGAAGACGAGCUCGGCCCGAACAAGAAGCGUAGGACGCACUCGCCCCCACCUGCCCAGAGCGGCGGGGGUUGUGGGGACGAUGGUCCUGGUUCGUGCCCUGGAGACGGUCGCUGCAACGGCCUGGGAGGAAAGACAGCUUGCGAGGGUUGUCCCACGUACAACAACUCGCUUGCUGCCAAGGCUGCCGUCGCCGGCCCGUCUGAAGGUGUGGAUCGCCCUGUUUCGAAGCACUCGCCCCAGCCGGAUCACCACAACGCCGAUCGACCCAGUCCUUGGAACAUGGGCAUCCUCAGCCGUACGAGCUCCAUGAACAAUGGCCGCGGCACUGCCUCCCCCAUUCCUCCUUCUGGCCACGACAUGAAGCCUUCCGUUUCACCCGAGGCCGAUCCUCAGAAGCAGCAGCAACAACAACAACAGCAGCAGCAGCAGCACUCUACCCCUGGUCCUCAGCCUGGCACUAACGGGCUGGCUACGACUCCAGUUGGCAUGAGCUGCCGCAAUUGUGGUACGAGCACUACACCCCUUUGGCGUCGUGACGAGGAAGGCCGACCGCAGUGCAACGCUUGUGGUUUGUACCACAAGCUUCAUGGAGUUCCCCGACCCGUCGCCAUGAAGAAGACGGUCAUCAAGCGGCGCAAGCGUGUUCCGGCCGUUGCUGCCGCUGCGUCGCCUGCCGGGCGAAGCGCGUCGCAGGGCGCCCCGUCGCCUGGUGGAUCCGUCCUUGGCUCGCAGCCGCCUUCUGGCUACCCUGGCGAUGACAAGUCCCGUUAUCCUAUGGGCAGUGGCAGCCCGUGGUCGUCUGGUCUCCCCCCUUCGGCUCGCCAGCAGCAGGAGAUGGAAGCUCGUCGAAAGGGUAUGCCUAUGAUUGUACCCGGCGGUGGUGCCCCCUCUGGCGGUGUCGAGCGCAAGAAGCCAUGGUGGAUCGAGGAUCGUCGCGAGCGAGACGACAAAGAGCAUGGUCAGGACCUCGCUGCGGAGACCCUGCUUUCGAUUGCCCCUCAGACCAAGGUUGCCACACUGUCCCCAGAUAGCCGUGACAAGCCCCUGGCUGGCGGAUCCGGAAUGGACAUCGACCCACGUGACGAUGACGCACGCGGCGUCAAGCGCAAGUCUGCCGAGGACGACCGUAUGGGCGCUAGCGCGCACAGUUUGGGUCUUGUUGGUCUCGAGAAGGACCGCGACCGCUCUAGGGAGCGCUACUCGCAUUCGCCGUUGGCUCAAGCAAACGAGGGCCGCGGUGGUGCGGGUACACCAGGUGGCCGUGUCGGUGGCAGUGCUCAGUCCACGCCCUCAUCGGUCUACAAUGCCAGCCCCCGCUACUCGAUUUACGGUCCCAAUCCCCGGGAACCCAGCAACCUCAUGUCGACCCCUUGGUCAAACCUGGGCAACAGCCGCUACGGUUUCGGGUUCGGUAGGAGGGAUCUUGGAAGUGGUACGAGCCCGGCCGCUCCCGGUGCCUCGCCGGCAGCGUCGGCGAAGCACGGUGGCCCGCCCCUCUCGCCUCCCCGUCGCCCCGCGCCUGAGCCCCCUCGAGAGUCGUCGUCACUUUCGCGCUUCUACUCCGGCAGCGGCAUGGGCUCUAGUGCUGGCGGCCCGUACAGCAUCAGCCGCCGCGAGCUUACCGAACACCGCGAACAACUUCGUGAGGGCAAGCGUUGGCUCGAGGGCAUGCUUUCCAGGACGGAGAAGCUACUGUCCGUUGUGGAGAGCAAGAUUGCCGCUGAACCCGCCCCGUCUGCUCCGGCUGCGGCUGCCAACCCUGCCGCUCCGGCUGGAGCAUCGGCCCCGGCUCCUUCCGCAGCGAAUCCGGCUUCGCGCAAUGACGACUGGGAGUUUGAGGAGCGCGAGCGCGCGCGCCGAAAAGAGUUCCAGCGUCUGGAGGAGGAGGCUCAGCGGGAUCGCCAGGAGAAAGAGAGGCGUGACAAGGAGCGUGCUGGCGCUCUUCCCAUCCGUGGUGGCGAGCCUCCUCGGGAACGAGAGCGUGAGCGGGAGCGCGACGUGCGGGAACGUGAGGCUGCCGCUGUUGCCGCCGAGCGCGUUGCCGUCGAGCGCGAGCGCGAGCGGGAACGCGAGAUGUUUGACCGUGAAUUCCGUCGCACUGCCUCGGACAAGGAGGAACGUGGCCGUGAUCUCCUCAACCUGUCGAGGCGCAGUGGUGUGUCGCCGAACGGCGUUGGGCGCGUUUCCUCUAACGGUGGCGAGCAGCCGCCCGCACCGCGGUCGCACGAUAGGGAGCGCGAACGGGAGCGCAGUGGCAGCGGCCCCGCCAGCAGUGGCAGUGCCGCGCCGAAGUGGGAGAGCGAGGGUGCCGUUCCCCUGCCCCGGCAUGAGCGGGAAGCGCCACGGCCAUGGACAUUGGGCAUUGACACGUUUGGAUAG